AUGCUGGGCCUUUCAACCUUUGUUCCGCGUGACCCGUUUCACCAACUUACGGUUACUCUGUGUGUCGUCGGCGUGUUUCUUGCCGUCGUCUUUGCUCUUGCGUUCAGGCCAAGGAGUAAAGAGCAGGCGCCGAGCACGUUUGAAGCAUACCUCAAGUUCAUCUAUGGUUGCUUCUUGAAGCCGCACACUGGCGACGGAUCUGGGAGCCAGCAGGAUGCCUUGGAAAGUUUCUACAAAGCUCAGGCUGAUGUCUACGAUGCCACGCGUCUUAAGCUUCUUCGGGGUCGUGAGGAUAUGUUGGGGCUGGUCGCUGCGCAACUGAAGCACCGUACAGAAGCGAACUUAAUCUCCCAGCGCCCUGUCUGGGUUGAUAUUGGUGGAGGAACUGGUCACAAUGUUGAACAGAUGAAUGCUUUCGUACCAGUGGCAAGCUUCUUCCGCGCAGUGUAUGUCGUUGACCUCUCUCCUUCACUGUGUGAGAUGGCCAGGAAACGAUUUGCCCGCCUCGGCUGGACAAACGUCAAGGUCAUCUGCCAGGAUGCGCGUGCAUUUCGCCUUCAUGAACACGAACCGCAAGCCUACGAGCGCAAGGAAAUGAUCUCUCAAGGUCAAACUGUUCGCGACCUCGACGAGAACGCAGAUGCCGGUGGUGCUGAACUCGUCACCAUGAGCUAUGCCUUGAGCAUGAUACCCGAGUUCUACCCCGUCAUCGACUCGAUUGACAGCUUGAUGAGUCCAAAUGGUGUUAUCGGCGUUGUCGACUUCUACGUACAGAACCAGGUCGACUUCAUGGGUAGGAACUACAUGGGCGGUGCUAUCGACCGUCACUGCAUGUGGAUCUCACGUGUAUUCUGGCGGACAUGGUUUGAGAUUGACCGUGUAAAUCUUGAGCCUGCGCGACGAGAUUAUCUUGAGUACCGGUUUGGCACGGUCCUCAGUAUCAAUGCUCGCAACAACUUCUUCGGCACUGGCAUCAAGCUCCCUUACUUCAUCUGGCUCGGCUGCUCGAAAGAACACGGCGCGUCUACACAGAAGCUUGCUGAAAUCGACGCGGCCGCUACCGAAUCGCCCUACCUCACGGCUCUUGACCUGCAAACAGGAGCUACACAGACGGACGUCGAAGUACAUUCAAAAGCCUACGAAUCCGCAGUCGUGAACCUCCAAUCCAGUCUACCUCUCCCAGCAACAUGGUACCAGAAUCACCACUGGCGCAUCCAUUACGAUUCCGCCCUUCCCAAGCAUACCCGUUUCAACAACUCCUACAUCUACGCCUUCACUUGGGAGGACGACGUAGCAGAUAUGCGCCUUCUCAAACCAACUUCCAACGAUGUCGUUCUUGCUAUUGGCUCAGCCGGCGACAACAUCCUAGCCUUCUGUCUAGAAAACUGCCGGCGUGUCCACGCCGUCGACCUCAAUCCCAGCCAAAACCACCUUCUCGAGCUCAAAGUGGCCGCCUUCACAGCCCUUCCUUACCAAGACGUCUGGAAACUCUUUGGCGAAGGCAAGCACCCCGACUUCCACAAUCUCUUGAUCCAGAAACUCAGCCCUCACCUCUCGUCCGAAGCUUUCCAGUUCUGGCUGCACAAUGGCCCGUCCGUCUUCUCCGCCUCGUCGUCAAAGGGUCUCUACUACUCUGGUGGUUCGGGCAACGCCAUCACAAUGUCAGCCUGGCUCUUCCACAUCCUAGGCAUGACAUCCGACGUCCGCAAACUCUGCACCGCACAAACUCUAAACGAACAACGAGAAAUCUGGCAACGCUCCAUCAAAACCGUUCUCCACUCCAAGAUCCUCACCUGGGCCAUACUCGGAAACGAAAAGUGGCUUUGGAAAGCCCUCGGCGUCCCGCCCGCCCAACGAGCCGUCAUCGAAGCAGAUUUCAAAAAGACGGACGACUUCGACGUGCCAUCAUCGCCGUCACAACAACACGCGAAAAAGGAUUCGGCGGCCGACUACAUGGCCUUCCACGAAGAACCCUCCGACGACGCCCUGAAAAGCAGCAGCGGAAAUGCAAUCUACGAAUACGUCCUCAACACCUUCGAGCCCGUAAUCAACACGACGCUCCUCUCCACAUCAAACCACUACUACCUCCUCACCCUCCUCGGCCACUACACGCCCACCUCGCACCCCACCUACCUGUCCCCUAAAUCCCACGUCAAGCUCAGUAAACCAGCCGCGUUCAACGGCUUGCGCAUCCACACGGACGAAAUCUCAGAGGUGAUUAGUAGAAUGAGACCGGCGACGUUGACCAUUGUCGUCGUCAUGGAUAGUAUGGAUUGGUUCCCGCCGCAGGGGAACCAGGCGGUCAAGCAGAUUAGAGCACUGAAUCGCGCGUUAAAGGUCAAGGGGCGGGUGAUGCUGAGGAGUGCGGGGUUGGAGCCGUGGUAUAUCAAGGUGUUUACUGAGAACGGGUUUGGGGCCAAGAGGGUGGCGGUUAGGGUGCCGGGUAGUUGUAUUGAUCGUGUGAAUAUGUAUGCGUCGACGUGGAUAUGCACAAAGGAGGCGGGGAUUGGACAUGAGGAUGUCAAAGCGGGGUCGCCGCGGCUGAGGAAAACGAGUUUGGCUGAGUUGAAAUUGGAGGCUCCUGCUCUGCGUAUGGAGUAG